AUGUUCUCUUUAUUAACUUGCCUUCAACAAAGGCUCUUGCUACUUCAUUGUAGUUUGUGUGGCAGAGUCGUGAGAAGAAGUGCAAGUGUCACGGUGUCAGCGGGGCCUGCUCUCUACGAACAUGUGGCCUUCGACUCAGCUACCCGUCAGUUGAUUCGGCAAGCGGAUCCCCUCUUCUUCGGUGGUAUGCCGCUGCCACCCGGUCACUUGACAAAACGCAGUGCCAACUGGUUUAUAGCAGGCGGUGGGGAGAAAGUCACACCGUGGCAAAGAAUAAAGCGGGAAACUGAAUUUGGAGAGAAUUGGAUCAGACGACAGAAGGAUAAACUAGUGUUUAUGGAUUACUCUCCAGACUACUGCAAAGUUGACCCAAAAAUUGGUUAG